UUUUAACCAACCAAAUUGAAACACACACAGUUCAACACCGGAAAUUGCGUCUAGAUCUAUCACAAUAAAAAUAAUGCGAGUCCAAGAAAUGAAGACGAUUUUUUUAACAAGUGGAAGUUUUUUUCUUACAGCUUGUGUUGUGGGCAAUGCAUUUUACCAAAAACAACAGUUUUAUCCGUCUGUUGUUUACAUAACGAAGUCAAAUCCAAGCCUGGCGGCCCUGUAUCUCCAGGCAUUUGUACUUGUCAUUUUGAUGGGCAAACUUGUCAGAAAGAUCUUUUUUGGUCAGCUGAGAGCAGCAGAAAUGGAGCAUUUGAUUGAGAGGUCUUGGUAUGCAGUGACAGAGACGUGCUUGGCAUUUACAGUGUUUCGAGACGAUUUCAGUCCACGUUUUGUGGCAGCAUUCACUUUGCUGCUAUUCUUGAAAUGUUUCCAUUGGUUAGCAGAGGACAGGGUUGAUUUUAUGGAGAGAAGUCCCGUGAUUUCCUUCCUGUUCCAUGUCAGAGUUGUUAGUUUGCUGACAUUUCUUUCGGUGAUUGACGCUUACUUUGUAAACUACGCAUACUACAGUACACUGUCUAAAGGUGCCUCUGUUCAGUUGGUGUUUGGAUUUGAGUAUGCCAUUUUGAUCACGAUUGUGAUGAUGGCAGUAAUGAAGUACCUGCUACAUUCAAUUGAUCUUCAAAGCGAAAACCCAUGGGAAAACAAAGCAGUUUACCUUCUGUACUCGGAACUAGUUCUUGGUUUUGUGAAGGUGAUACUGUACAUGAUGUUCAUGAUCAUCAUGAUCAAGAUACACACCUUUCCUCUGUUUGCCAUUCGACCCAUGUACCUUGCUGUGAGAAAUUUUAAGAAGUCCCUUCAUGAUGUUAUUAUGUCAAGACGAGCCAUCAGACAAAUGAACACACUCUAUCCUGAUGUGUCACAGGAAGAACUGGAAUCUGGGGACAAUGUGUGCAUCAUUUGUCGGGAGGACAUGGUUUCUGCCUGUAAAAAGUUGCCCUGCAACCAUAUCUUCCACACAAGCUGCCUUCGAUCCUGGUUCCAACGUCAGCAGACAUGCCCCACGUGCAGGAUGGAGGUGCUACAGAUGACCCCACUCCGCUCCCAGCCCACCCCUCCACCUCACCAGCAGCAACAACACAUACAAAACCCUUUCCAAAACUUGUUCCCUGGUGGAUUUCCCCCAAUACCUCCUGGAGCCUUGCCUCAGAUGCCUCAAAUGUGGCCUCCACAGAUGGCACAGGGACAACCCCCACAAAUGGCCCAGCGACCACCACCACAGAUGGCACAGGGACAACCCCCACAGACUCUACCUGCAAGUACACCAGGCUUCUCUCAUACAACGCCAACAGUAUCAGCAGCUGGCACAACCCCUCUGGGAGCAUCAGCAUCUUUCCCAGAUGUAAGAACUGGCUGGGGGACAGCCUCACAUUUUGUAGGGGCCACCACUAUGCCUGCCAUGUUUCCUCCGAUGUUUAUGCCGAACAAUUUUCCGAGGCCCCCUACGAGUCUAGAUGGCCUGUCUGAUGAGGAGUUACGUGCUAUGGAAGGGGUUGAGAGAGGCAACAUUGAGGCUCGCAUUCAGUGGCUCAGAGAUAUACAGGCUCUAUUGGAUGGUGCCAUGCUUCUCAUGCAGCAAUACAACAUCGUAGCAGCAGCUUCCAGCAUACCUGGUAUAAACCUGACUGCACAGAAUCCAUCUGUUGUAUUGCCAAGUGGAGUGCCCCAGUCAUACAUGGCCCCACCUGGGCAACAAACAGGUGCCAUACCAAAACACAGAAACACUGCAGCUAACUUUGAAUCUGUUCAAAGCAGUUCCAGUCAAGAACUAAGUGCAGACUCACCUACUGCCGAAGGUGCCCAAGGAUUGCCAACUACUGACGAGUUCAUACCAGAAUGGGUUGAUCCAAGAGAAGAAAGCAAAGACAUUGAAGAAGUACGAAGAAGAAGAUUAGAAAAAUUUGAAUCCGAAUCACCUAAAAGUUUAGGCGCUACAUCAUUAGACAGUGAUGAAGAAAUACCCAGCUAGUGGGGUGUUGUCAAUCAAGAUUCUUAGACAUUACUAAUUAUUGUGUGUUUAUUGGAUCUAUUUUAAUAAAUGUGAUAUGUGGUCUGAUGUUAUCCCAUCAUCGAACCUGGGUUUAUUAGAUAACUUCCCAUUUUAUAAACUUAAUAUAACCAAUUGUUUUUGCUAUUUUUUUGGUGAAUUAUUUUGAUGUUUGUGUUUGUUUUUCAGCCAUUUUAUUUCUUUAUUCUAAUUGAAGAAGACUAAAUGCGUAAAAAAUGGGAUUUAUAGAAUACCAGGUAACUAAUGGAAACAGAUGCGUUUAUUUGCUUGACAGGGAAACGCUGUACUUCUCACAGAGGCUCGUGGUUAAAGUUAUCUUUGCGCCGCUAAAUAUUUGUAUCUGUAUUCAGAACUAACCUAGUAUGCGCAAUAUUAUAAUAAAAAGAGUUUUUGGACA